AUUUUACUCUUUUGCUUUAUUUUAUAACUCUAAAUAAACUGCAAAAGCUCUAAUUUAUCAGGGAUAGCCUGGCGUAUUAAUUAUUAUAUUUAUACAAAAGUAAUGAAUGAUGAUGAUUAUGAUAAUGAUGACCGGAAUGCGGCAUUAAAUGAUUGUUCGCGAUGUGGUGGGACAAACGAACCUCAUGUGAUGACAGUCAAGAUCAUGUUUCACCAAAAUCUGUUAACAUUAACCGGCCUAAGCCCUCUUUUUCCUCGGCCUCUCUGUAACAAAGGUACUGUUGACACACCGAAAUAAUAGCGGCCUUGAGAAGUCUGCACUGGCCCUGUGUCUGAUGUGAGUGAGACGCUGUCCAGUCCUCGUUGAUCGGAAGAGGAAGAAAGUAGGAAGCGAAGAAAGAUGACAUCAACUCAAUUGCCUGGAUUCACUGAACUUAGCUCAGCGAUUCAGUUAAAUAAGGUAUCCUUAAUCGAAGGCGUAAAUCACGUGUUCCACUUACCCCAUCCUUUAUUGGCUGAUGCUGCAUUAGAGUCACCGUUACCUUCAAUCCAAUCCUGGUACCCUUCGUUGAUGACGUCAGACGGUGUGAAUUUGCGUUAUAUUUCAAACAGUGAGCCUCUCGUCAACAGUGGCUCAGUGGCUCCAUCUAUAUUUCUUUCUUCAGCUUCUGACAGAAAUUACGAAUGUGUAUUGGAUAUGGAAGGGCAAGCAAUAUCAGACUGUCACAUCAGAGAUGAAUCAAAUGUUUUAAAAGAUAUAAAAUGCGAGGUCGAUGAAGCACUUGAUGAAGAACGCGACGAGGAACAGAGAAGUGACGAUGAUGAUAUCUCGAAUGAAUUUGAAAGGAGUCUUGUUUCGUCUGAUCUUGGAACUGUUAUCAGGUUUGGCCAAGAGUUCACCUUCGAAAACGUCAUGACAAAUGUAGUAAAAGAAAGACCAAAAAAGAAACGCAGAAUGUUAACAACUGUUGCUACACAGACACCCCCUGAAAACUCAAUAUACGAUGAUAUAGAACCUGUUAAACUUCCGGUCCGGUACCUUUAUGAGUUCCUGGAAUUGCUGUUGGAUGAUGAGCGAUAUAAAAAGCUGAUCAUGUGGAAAGACAAGAAAGAGAGAGUCUUUAUGUUGAUCGAUCAUCAUAAAGUCGCUGAAAUGUGGGGUAUGCAUAAACGAAAGAAACCGAUGACAUAUGACAAGUUCAGUCGUGCUCUUCGCUUUUAUUACAGCAAAAAAAUAUUGAAAAAAGAGCCCGGUAGAUUUACUUACAAGUUUUUAAUACAAGAGGGGGAUAUUGUACAAUACAUGAAGUAAAAAUUGUAAAGUAUAUUACUUGUUAAACCCAUUUCAAUGCCAAGCUAAAGGCUACCAAGAUAUCAAAAUUGAGGACACGUUAAUAUUCAAAUAUUAGGACAUCAAAGAAAAAUACAAGUCAAGUUAUUUUGCAUUAUGAAUUCGUCCCUAAAAGAAUUACGUUUUUAAGAAAUUACGGGAUACAAGAAAUAAAGAAGUCGAUAAAGCCUGUUUCCUGGGAUACCAUUUUUUAAUUAAUACAUGUAUUUCAAAUGUUCUUGGACAAGCAGUCGCAAUAAGACAAAUUCAAUGGUACUGGUUACGCUUCAGAUCUUUUUUUGUGAAAUGAAUUUUAGUUAGAUAGAAAUAUUACGUGGCCUUUAGCAGAUGGAUUGAAAAUAUCUUGAAAUGAAGAGAUCAAUGUUUUUAGCCACUUUCAACUGAAAAAGAAUUCUCAAAGUGAAACGAGACGUGGAAUUAGACUGCUGUUUCUUUGCCUGCUGUUUCUUUGCCAAUUAGAGUUCAAUUUUUACCUACAAUUUCGAGAAAAUUUUCUAGCCACUCUAAAUACGAGCUAUUUUUGACAGUAGUGCUUCUACUUUAUCAGUUUCCCAACUUUUUUUGCACCAUGUAUGUUUUCUACACAGAUCUUCAGAAAGUUUUUCAGAAUCGUUCUAAACUAGCAAUUUCCUUCUCGGAAAAGCGAUAGGUGAUGUAAAACAAGACGCAUUUUACUUUUUAUUGGAAGCAGCUACAGUGGAAUCACCCUUUUACGAACUCUUCAGGGACCGAGAAAAAAGUUCGUAAUAACGGGGGUUAGUUAUAUCGAGGAUUUGUUAUAGAGGGAGUAUUGCAAAAGACCUCGUAGUUCGUAAUAUUCGGAAACCGAGUAGUUCGUAAUAAGCUGGAUUCGUAAUCGUGAAAUUCCACUGUACCUACUAUAUGCACGAUAAACUGUAUUACAAAAUGAAUAUAUUGUUCCCCUGAAAGCAAGAUAGGUCUUAAAGCAUUGAUCGUUCAUUGGGAGUAAAUAUUUUAGAUCCUUCCAGAUUAUCCUUAAAAAUUAUUCUAAUUAAUAUUUCGAUUUUAAUAUUGCCACGAGAAAAUAAUUGUUCAUAUUGCAGAGAUUUGAGAGCUCAACAAUACGUUAUCGCAGUUUUUGUAUAUUUUUUAAAAAAAUUGCGUUCAGAGUUCUAUUUUGUAAACAACUAGAAAAUCUUUUGAUGAAAAUUUUUGCAGAGGUUUUUUAUUUAGAGAUUUUUAAAUAAGCUGCUGGAUCAGACUGUUCGUAUUUGUUUCAUCUUUUGAUUCUCAAUAUAAUGUUGCUUUAAUUUAUUUCAUCACUGUUUGUGUGUUUGUAUGUUUUUUUCAGUUUGCUUUCUUAGUGAUAAUUUUUUGUAUACUUACCAAAUGUUCACUUGUGUACUGAAAAAUUUUUGUAUAUUGACCAAUUUUUGGAAAUUUUAACCUCUUUAAUUAACUGGGUAUCUGAAAGAAAAUCCAAAGCAGGACCGUCAGAAGAAACUGGCUCAUCAACCCUCCCCCCCCCCUCUCUCUCUCUCUUUCUUACGCUUCCCUUCCUCCCCUCACCAUAGCCACCAUAUUUGUAUUUCGAUUAAUGCUCUCCUAAAUGUGACCACGUUUCAUCCGUUUUCUUUAUCUGUUUUCUACGGGGAAUUUUUCCAAUGCAUGAUAUUAGAUUAAAACACGGGUAUUGAUACAUCAAUAACUGAUACUGAUUGUAUAUUGUCACGAUUUCAAACUCCAUAGUUUUUUGUCGUCUUGGUUUUAAAGAAUUAAAGCUAAAAUGAGCCACCUAUCCCAUGGAGGUAGUAGAAAAUGAAAUCACAUAAGAAGAGCAUUGCCAAAAUCAAUUUGAGGGAUACAAAGAUUCCGAUUUUUCGUUGGUAAAGAUAUUAUGAUAUAUAUUCAGCAAGUAUUACACAUAUUUUAGAGGUUUAUUACCACCCACCCUCAUUAAACUCCCCUAAUUUCCUAUGAGAAAACACUUUGAUAGUUGAAGUUUCUCAUUGAGCCACGCUGUAUCAAGAAUUCUAUUGGUUGAUCUUGCUUUUGAUUUAAUUGGUUUUUAAAAAGUAGGCAGAUUUGUCAGGGUUUUGAUAUUUCGAGGGCGUUUAUAUGCCCAAUAGAUUUUUAAUAGAAAUAAAAGAAUGAAAAUAUUUUAUCACAAAUUUCUAGACAUUUUUAUGCUACUGUAAAUAAGUUGAUGUGAAUGCGAUUGUUUAUAAUGUUACUGCGUUUUUUAAUUUUGUAUGAAGUUUUCCAUCUAAA